AGCGUGUUGAGCAGCCGACAGAGGAAGCAACCAUAGCUAGGAAUUAAAGAAACCUUAGGAUAAAACUCACACUAAAAUCCACUUUUUAUCGACUGCACUUUUAAACAGGAUUUAAUACCAAACACUAUUGGAUAAAAUAUGGCGGAUUGCGGUACACCAUCCGCUAUAACAGGCGGCUCGGUGCUCACAUCUGGCCCCUACACGAACGGUUCAUAUGCCGUAUAUACGUGCACCAGUGGAUACGUGAUGUCCGGCACGGCGUACAUAGAGUGCCUGAAUGGAACCUGGAGCGUGGAUCUGCCAGCGUGCUUUAAACAAGACUACAACCAGGUCUACAACAACAUCACAGACAACCACCAGGAUAUUCCAAAUUGGCUGUUAUGGAUGUUCGGGGUGAUAGCUGUCCUCCUUAUCCUUCUGCUACUCGCGUGUGUGUUUGCAUGGUGCCUUCAAUGCCUAGGAUAA